UCAACAUUAAAACUAUCUUUUCGGAUGGAUUUUUUAGGUGCAUCCGUGCAUCCGUAGCUGCAUACGUAUAGCUGCAGAGGUAAGGUUGCAACCUUAUAUAAACUUUUUCCUUACUUUUUAUACAAUUAUAUUUCCCAUUCACGAUCUCGGUGCAUCAUUCUAUCCCACUUGCAGUUCGGUUCCUUAAGGAAAAACAUGGCAAUUCUUCUACUACUACUACUAUUUUUUGCUUAUGGCUCCUUGCUCUAUGUAUCUCAAGAAUCCAAUUCUCUCUCUACUGGAGAGAAUCCAAACCUUCUCCCAACUCUCGCAAAUCCAUACCCAAAUGAUCACAACUUCUCUUGUAACCAAUGUAUUUGCAGCAAGCAAACUCGUAUCAGCUCUUACCACUUCAAAUUUCUUAGAUAUGGAUUAUGCCGAACUUAUCUUCUUUCAAAUCUCCCACCCCAAUUCGUUCAUCUUUAACACCAUGAUCAGAGGCCAUGCUUUGAGCCCCAAGCCCAGUAGAGCCCUCCUAUUCUAUGCCCAAAUGCGUAAAAUCGGAGUCUUACCUGAUAACUACACCUACCCAUUUGUGUUGAAGGCCUGUGGACUUAUUAAAUAUCUACAAUAUGGGAGCAAAAUUCAUGCCCAUAUGCUGAAAUUUGGGUUUCGAUCAAAUGUGAUUGUGCAAAAUGCUCUAAUUAAUAUGUAUUCGAGGUGUAAUGCUACUGCUAUUGCACGUCAAGUAUUUGAUGAAAUUCAUGGGAGGAAUAUUGUUUCUUGGAACUGUAUGCUAGGUGGGUACGUGUAUUGCUUGGAGAUCGAUUGUGCAUUCCGAUUGUUUGAUGAGAUGAGAGAGAAAGAUAUUGUCUCUUGGUCGAUUAUGGUUGAUGGGUAUGGGAAAAUUGGUGAUUUGAACAAUGCUAGAAAAUGUUUCGAUGAGAUGCCUGAGAGAGAUUUGGCCUCUUGGAAUGCAAUGAUGGGUGCAUAUACUCGAGUAAACGAUGUUAAUAAGGCGCAAAAAUUAUUUGAAGAAAUGCCCAAUAGAAAUGUGAUCUCAUGGAGUAUUAUGAUGGAUGGGUUAACCAAGAAUGGGAAAUGCCAAGAGGCAUUGCUUCUCUUCAACCGAAUGAUGGUGGAAAGAGUGAAGCCCGAUAAAGUAUCUUUAGUAAGCACGCUCUCAGCUUGCUCGCAAUUGGGUGCCUGCGAGCAAGGGCGAUGGGUCCAUACCUUUAUCAAUAAAACCAAAAUAAAAACCGAUGUUGUAUUAUUGACUGCCAUCCUCGAUAUGUAUACAAAAUGUGGGUGUAUCGAUGAAGCGAGGAGGCUCUUUGAUGAGAUGCCUGAGAAGAAUUUGAUCACUUGGAAUGUGAUGAUUGUCGGGCUAGCAAUUCAUGGCAAUGGUGAGGAAGCCCUUGAUCUAUUCUUGAAGAUGAGAAACGAAGGAAUUAAACCAGAUGAUGUCACUUAUAUUGGAGUACUGAGUGCUUGUAGUCAUGGGGGCCAAGUGAAAGAGGGCUGGCAAUACUUCAGAGAGAUUUUAGUCCCUAAAGUUGAACACUAUGGGUGUAUGGUUGACCUUUUGGGACGAGCUGCUAUGCUUAGAGAAGCUUAUGAACUCGUUAGGAGCAUGCCCAUGAGGCCCAACUCAAUAGCGUGGGGCGCACUUUUGGCAGGGUGUAGGCUUCAUGGAGAUGUUGAGUUGGCUAAAAUUGCGGCUGACAAGCUUGUUGAGCUUGAUCCUAGUGACAGUGGGAUUUAUGUGCUUCUUUCAAAUGUUUAUGCGGGUGCGAGGAUGUGGGAUAAUGUAGAGAGGGUGAGGGAGAUGAUACAGGGGGGAAAGUUGAUGAAAGAGGUUGGGUUGAGUGUCAUUGAGGUGAAUGGUGCUGUUUAUGAGUUUGUUCAUGGUGUGAGGAGAGACGAGAUAAUUUGGGUAGUGGAGAGUUUGGGGAAGAUCUUGCAAUCCAAGGAUCAUUCCUCCAUUUGUAGACUUUUAUAACGUUGGGGAUUAGCAUGCAUAAGCCUCUCUCUUUCUCACACAUGCGCCAUAGAUGCCUAUAUGGCAGCCCUGUAAAUUGUGGGCUACAUUUUAGUUUGUAGCAAACUGAAAUGCUAAUGUUUUGCUUUUCACCAAUUCUAUGCUGUUGGUAUUAAGGAUGGCAAUGGGCCAGCAGCCUGUCCCCAAACAGUUAGGGCCUAUGCCAUUAAAUUUAGUCCUAGGGCCAAACACAGACGUGAACCAAACCAAUCAACAGGACCGGACCACCUAGAGCAAGAGUAGGUCUGGGCUUGGGCUGGGUAUCGCUUGGUCUGGUCAAGAUUGGGCCUGGACUAGCUCUCCCAGCCAGGGCCAGGCCGUGCCUGACCCAUUGCCACCCUUAGUUGGUAGGCUAACAAUAUACAUAUAACAAAUGGGAGUUAAAAAGAAACCAUAAGGAUAAAACGAACCAAUGGGAUAUGUUUGUCAUAGUGAACCUGUAGUGAUGAUUUUGGUGUUGGCCUUUUUAGCACAGGCGGCUUGUCUCCUCUUUUCCCCAUUAACACUACUUUGCUACUCCAACCUUAUCAAAAACGUGUACAGGUUACACACAGAAAUAUGCAUCUUGUAAUUGGCCCAUUUUUGGGGUUCAUGUGGCCCCCAAAAUGCACAUUAGCACAAGAGAUUUGGCCUUUUAAGAAUACUGGAAUUGCUUUGGUACCUUUGGGUUCCUUUCUAGAACCCCUAUAUGUCAGCAGACAUUUAAAAUGUGUCAUUUUGUAUGUGGGUUGGAAACUGAAAAUACAAAAGUUUUUGCUUACUUUUCAAGUGAGAUAAUGAUAUUCGUUGAUUUUGAGUAUUGAUGUGCAAAGGUAGAGCUAUCAAAGUUUCUUCGUGCUGGUAUUUUUCUGAAUUUUGUUAUGCCCGGUAAUCAGAUCUCCUUGGGCAUGCAUACUUGUUCCCAACAUACCAAAUGCUGUGGGGAGGGGAGAAAUCC